AUGCAGUAUGAUGAUGAUGGUUGUCAAUUAGAUUUUGAAAAUGAAGAAGAUCUAGUAAAUAAUUACUCUGAUUCACAAAUUAAUGAUAGAAAUGAUGAACAGCAAAAAAACCUCAUGGAAGCGGAAGCAAAAGACCUUGGGAAAAUGGAAGCAAAAGACUCUGUGAAAGAUCAUAAAUUUCUCGUGCUAA